AUGGCGCAGGUUCAGCAUCAUCAGAGUCCGGUGCCGGCUCCGCCUAACGGCGUCGCUCCGGCGCAGAAUGCGAACCAGUUCGUGACGACGUCGUUGUAUGUCGGUGAUCUUGACCAGAAUGUCAACGACUCGCAGCUCUACGAUCUGUUCAACCAGGUCGGCCAAGUCGUUUCGGUUCGCGUCUGCAGGGACUUGACAACGCGUCGUUCACUCGGCUAUGGCUAUGUCAAUUACAGUAACCCUCAGGAUGCGGCGAGGGCAUUGGAUGUGCUGAAUUUCACUCCACUGAACAACAAAUCUAUUAGGAUCAUGUAUUCUCAUCGGGAUCCUAGUAUUCGGAAGAGUGGUACUGCGAAUAUUUUUAUCAAGAAUUUGGAUAAGGCUAUUGAUCACAAGGCCUUACAUGAUACUUUUUCUUCUUUUGGACACAUUCUUUCUUGCAAAAUAGCAACUGAUGCUUCUGGCCUGUCUAAAGGCUAUGGUUUUGUUCAAUUUGACAAUGAAGAGUCUGCACAGAAUGCUAUUGACAAGUUAAACGGCAUGCUGAUCAAUGAUAAGCAGGUCUAUGUAGGGCCUUUCCUCCGUAAACAAGAUAGAGAGAAUGCUCUCAAUAAGACCAAAUUCAAUAAUGUCUAUGUGAAAAACCUUUCAGAUUCAGCCACAGAUGAGGAGUUAAAGAAUGUAUUUGGAGAAUAUGGUACCAUUACUAGUGCUGUAGUAAUGAGAGAUGCAGAUGGUAAGUCCAAGUGUUUUGGUUUCGUCAAUUUUGAAAACCCAGACGAUGCUGCCAAAGCUGUUGACGGGCUUAAUGGGAAGAAAUUUGAUGAGAAGGAGUGGUAUGUUGGAAAAGCCCAGAAAAAAUCUGAGCGUGAACUUGAAUUGAAAGGACGAUUUGAGCAGAGUAUAAAGGAAGCUGCUGACAAAUUUCAGGGUGUGAACUUGUACCUCAAGAACUUGGAUGAUACUAUUAGUGAUGAAAAACUUAAAGAAAUGUUUUCUGAGUUUGGUACAAUAACUUCAUACAAGGUAAUGCGAGACCCAAAUGGAAUUAGUAGAGGAUCAGGAUUUGUUGCAUUUUCAACCCCUGAAGAAGCAUCUCGUGCUCUUGCUGAAAUGAAUGGAAAAAUGAUUGCUGGAAAACCUCUGUACGUUGCCCUGGCACAAAGAAAAGAAGAGAGGAGAGCUAGGUUACAGGCACAAUUUUCACAGAUGAGGCCUGUUGCAAUUACUCCUUCUGUUGCACCCCGUAUGCCUCUCUACCCACCUGGUGCUCCUGGUAUAGGACAACAAUUUUUGUAUGGGCAAGGCCCCCCAGCCAUGAUGCCUCCACAAGCUGGAUUUGGUUACCAGCAGCAACUAGUUCCUGGAAUGAGGCCUGGUGGCGGUCCAAUGCCUAGCUUCUUUGUUCCUCUGGUUCAGCAGCAGGGACAACAAGGUCAGCGUCCAGGUGGCCGCCGUGGAGCAGGUCCUGUGCAACAACCGCAACAGCCAGUGCCAAUGAUGCAGCAGCAGAUGCUUCCAAGGGGAAGAGUCUAUCGUUACCCUCCUGGCCGCAACAUGCAAGAUGUCCCGCUGCCAGGUGUAGCUGGUGGAAUGAUGUCAGUUCCUUAUGAUAUGGGAGGUCUGCCAAUGCGUGAUGCUGUGGGACAGCCAAUGCCUAUUCAAGCUCUGGCUACGGCCCUUGCAAAUGCUCCACCUGAACAGCAGAGGACUAUGCUGGGUGAAGCUUUAUACCCGCUUGUGGAUCAGCUGGAACAUGACGCAGCAGCAAAGGUUACUGGCAUGCUUUUGGAGAUGGACCAGCCUGAAGUUCUACAUCUGAUCGAGUCACCAGAUGCUCUGAAGGCAAAAGUUGCUGAAGCCAUGGAUGUGUUGAGAAAUGUUGCUCAACAGCAAACCAACCCUGCUGAUCAACUAGCUUCGCUCUCGCUCAAUGACAAUCUUGUGCCUUAG